GCAAACUAUCAUGUCUGUCAAGGCUAUCCUCAUCCUCUGCGCCCAGGCGCUCCUGCUCAAGUCAGCGGUGGGUCAGUGCACCAGCCGCGCUGCAGUCGCUGACGCCUCUGCACUUGCUGCCCCUUGCGGCCUGGCCGCUCCUGCUUGGGCUUACGAUGGACUCGCCUACCCUGGUGCUGGCUUGGCAGGCAGAGGUCUGGCUUACAACGGACUGAACGCUGGCCUUGCAGGCAGAGGCCUGGCUUACGAUGCAAUCUACGCCCCCGCCAUGGAGUUCAGCCCCACCAGUGGCGGCGCUCUGCCUGUCUCCAGCGCCUCCGCCAUCGCUCCCGUCGGUAUCUCCGUAGUGUCCGACAACGUGUAUGAGGGUGUUCUGUCCGCGGCUGGUGAGCUGCCAUUCGUGGGUACUGUGGCUAUGGAAGGUGUGGUGCCUUCUGCCGGUGCUGGCGCCGUCAACCACGCCUGCGGUAAUGGCAGAAACGCCAUGAUCAGCGAGACUACUGGUUUCGGUGCUGCUGGUGCUUAUGGUGCUGGCUUGGGAGCCAUCAGCCCUGCUGCUGGUUUUGGAGCUGCUGCCUAUGGAGCUGGAAUUGGUUCAGGUCUCGGUCGCCGCAGUGGUAUUGCUGGCAUGGGCUGCGGCUGCCGCAACUAA